UACAGCCCACCUCACCCUUUCACGCCCACACCCACACCCACGACCUCUUUCAUCUUUAUAAAAUUCAUACAGCAAAUUACAAAUACAAACAUACACACAAUUGAUGAAUUCUGGUAUAUAGAACAUUGAUAAUAUACCAGUAAUUUUUAUCUUCAGUUGUGUAGAAAAGAAAAGGAAAAAAAAAUAUGAAGAAUAAAAGCUAUGGAAAAGUUUCUGCAAAAUGGAUUCCUAUUUUUUCCAUCUUUUUCUUCUUGCUUGGGAUGAUUUUCAGCAACAAAUUCUGGGCUCCAUUAGAUACCAACAAUCAGUUCAUAUCUCAGCAUAGACAUGAACAAGAGUUGCAGAUCGUCUCCGAGGAUUGCGCGACAAAUAAAAAGAAAGCUGGAGAAAAAGAUAAGGAUGUAGUGAAUGAGGUGUACAAAACCCACACAUCAAUUCAAUCAUUGGAAAAGUCAAUGUCGAUCCUUCAAAUGGAGUUGGCAGCCACUAGGAGUGUUCAGGAGAAGGGGCCGACCAAGGGGUCAUCUGUAACAUCUAAAGAGGGGCCUCCAAAGCAGAAGGCAUUUAUGGUAAUUGGAAUUAAUACGGCUUUCAGUAGUAGGAAGAGACGGGAUUCCGUUAGAGAGACUUGGAUGCCUCAAGGGGAACAGCUUCUCAGAUUGGAGAAGGAGAAGGGGAUCAUCGUCCGCUUCAUGAUUGGACAUAGCGCAACAUCCAACAGCAUAUUGGAUCGAGCUCUUGAUUCUGAAGAAGCUCAACACAAGGACUUCCUCAGGCUGGAUCAUGUUGAAGGAUAUCAUGAACUGUCUGCAAAAACAAAAACGUUCAUUGCCACUGCUGUUGAAAAAUGGGAUGCUGAUUUCUAUAUUAAAGUUGAUGAUGACGUCCAUGUCAAUUUGGGUACACUUGCUGCAACUCUUGCCCGACAUCGAUCUAAACCACGAGUUUACAUUGGGUGUAUGAAAUCUGGACCUGUUCUUUCUUCAAAGGAUGUAAAAUACCAUGAACCAGAAUUUUGGAAAUUCGGAGAAGAAGGAAACAAAUACUUCCGUCAUGCAACUGGGCAGAUAUAUGCCAUUUCGAAAGAUUUGGCUACAUACAUCUCAAUCAACCAGCCCAUAUUGCACAAGUAUGCCAAUGAAGAUGUGUCGCUUGGUGCAUGGUUCAUUGGUCUUGAAGUCGAGCACAUUGAUGAACGCAAUAUGUGUUGUGGAACUCCUCCAGAUUGUGAAUGGAAGGCACAAGCAGGCAAUGUAUGUAUUGCUUCCUUCGACUGGACUUGCAGUGGAAUUUGCAAGUCAAUAGAGAAGAUUAAAUUUGUACACGAAAGGUGUGGUGAAGGAGAAGAGGCUCUUUGGAAUGCUUUACUAUAAACAACUAUAUUGGGACAGGGGAACCUCGAAACUCCACAUUUUCAGCUGCUGGGUUAGUCGAGGCAGUUUCUUGUUUAGUCAAUACAAAUAGUUGCAUGUGGCUUCGAGAUACACAAUCAAAGUAAAUUAUUAUCUGAGUUAGAGCACAGAUGGUAAUUUAUUUUGAUUUUACGGAUUCUUGGAUAGUAGAUUAUGGAGCCACGGCAUAUUUUGCGCACAUUCUUUUACUUUAGAAUAGAGGGGAUGUUAUUUUUUUGGAUAUGAUACUUGAUUCUGAAUAGAAGACUACAUAUAUUGGUGAUGUGGAAUUAUAUAGAAGGGAUUGUUUCACAUUUGUAUAUACAAUUAAAAUUAUUUCU